AUCCCAUCCUCCUUCCCCGUCUUGGUAUCUCUCAUCUCCACCACUCAGCCAAGCCUCAUGAGACACUCAGACUAAGACUCUCUGAUUCCGCGUGACCUUGAAAAUCCGUACAGCUCUCCCGUCCAUGGCGAAAAUUCUAAUCUCUUCGCCUCCACCGUUAUUCGGCACGCCACUUCUUUCUCUCUCUCGCAACGGCACUUGUUGCCUCCCCCACCGUAAGCUCUUAGCGGCAAGAGUCAGAGUUAGCCUCAAUGAAAUUCCUCCUAUUCAUGCCUUCGAUUCCACCAUCGAUUUCAGCAUUAUUGCUACACGAGCUGAGAGCCUGCUUUACACUCUCGCCGACGCUGCCGUGGCUGGGGACGCGGCAUCCGGUGCCACCGACGCUGCCGCGGCUCAGAAGAAUGGCGGCUGGUUUGGAUUCAUAUCCGAAGGCAUGGAAUUCGUUCUCAAGAUUUUGAAGGAUGGACUUUCAGCUGUUCAUGUGCCAUAUGCGUAUGGAUUUGCUAUUAUAUUGCUGACUGUUAUUGUAAAAGUUGCCACACUUCCCCUGACAAAACAACAGGUGGAAUCGACGUUAGCUAUGCAAAAUCUUCAACCAAAGCUUAAAGCCAUUCAAGAAAGAUACAAAGGCAACCAAGAAAGAAUACAACUCGAAACCUCACGGUUGUACAGGCAGGCUGGGGUUAACCCUUUAGCAGGUUGCUUGCCGACUUUGGCAACAAUACCAGUCUGGAUUGGUCUUUACCAAGCUCUUUCCAAUGUAGCGAAUGAGGGACUGUUGACUGAAGGUUUCUUUUGGAUUCCAUCAUUGGGUGGCCCUACAACAAUAGCUGCUAGACAGAGUGGAUCCGGCAUUUCUUGGCUGAUUCCAUUUGUGGAUGGCCAUCCACCACUGGGCUGGCAUGACACAGCAGCAUACCUAGUUUUACCAGUCCUCCUUGUUGCUUCUCAGUAUGUUUCUAUGGAGAUCAUGAAGCCUCCCCAGACUAAUGAUCCAGCUCAAAAAAACACUCUACUUGUAUUCAAGUUUCUUCCACUCAUGAUUGGUUAUUUCUCCUUGUCUGUACCCUCGGGGCUAUCAAUUUAUUGGUUCACAAACAAUGUCCUCAGCACCGCACAACAGGUAUGGCUCCGCAAAUUAGGAGGUGCAAAGCCUGUUGUGAGUGAAAAUGCAAGUGGAAUUAUAACAGCAGGUCGUGCAAAACGGUCAGGCUCUCUGCCAGACCGGUCGGGUGAUAGAUUCAAACAAUUGAAAGACGAAGACAAAAAGAAAAAACUGAACAAAGCUUUACCAGCAGAAGAUGUUCAGACCCCUGCUUUGACUUAUGAUUCUGAGGAUGGUUCAGAAGAAGAAAACAGUGACAAGGGUGACCGAGAAGAAGCUUAUGCGUCCAAUGUUGGCAAAGAGGUUCCUGAUAAUUCUCGGCCGAGGAGAAGUAAGCGGUCCAAACGAAAACGUGCUGUAUAAAAGAUUACUGAUGUUUGUAAUUUACGGUGAGUGUAUUUCUCAGAAAACGAUAUUUCUAAUAUGUAGAUGCCAGUUUUGUGUUGGCUCAUUCAUUUUGAGAUAUAAUGCUAAUUGCACAAAGUAAUAAUGUUCAGUAGACUUUAAAAUUCCACAUUAUAUUUAAAGCAUCAUUUCUCAUCACA